UAAACAAAGAGAUAAAAAUUUUAAAAGAAGCAUUACAGAGGUUUUCUUUUAUUCUUCUUCAUAAUGAUCGAAUGAGAACUUUUCUAUGUAAUCUCUUUGACACAGUUGAAACGAGAAUUAUUUUUUAUUCCAAACCUUUGACAUUUUACAUAAACAACUAAAUCCAUAUUAAAAAUUUCUCUUUCAUUUAUUUUCUUCUUCCAGUAAUUUACUCGUUGAGAGAUGUCCGAGUGAAAAUUCCAACGGCUGUCCGCAAAUCAGACAAUGUUGCUCUCAACUGUUACUAUGAUAUGGAAGGUGACAGUUUGUACUCAGUAAAAUGGUACAAAGGUAGACGAGAAUUUUACCGCUUCUCACCAAAAGAAAAUCCAGCAAUGAAAACAUUUCCCAUCGCAGGAAUUCAUGUAGUGACAUCAGCAUCCAAUGCAAAUCAAUUAGUCCUCUCAAAUGUUUCGCCAGCGACAACAGGAAAAUUUUCAUGCGAAGUCUCGGCUGACUUUCCUUCCUUUCAUACAAUGAUUGUAUCUGGUGACAUGGAGGUUGUUGAAGUCCCCAUCAGUUCACCAGUCAUUCAUGGAAUUAGAUCACGGUACAAAGUCAAUGACAUCGUUCGUGGAAAUUGCACAUCGAAGUACAGUCGUCCAGCAGCUAACUUGACUUGGACUAUCAACGAUGUUAUUGCUAAUCCUCCUCUUGUAAGAACCCAUAAACCAAUAAAAAGUAAUAAAAAUGAUUUGGAGAUUUCGGUUUUGGGCUUACACUUUGUUGUGAGCAGUCAGCAUUUCAUAAACGGUCGACUAAAGGUGAAGUGCAUAGCUCGAAUGCACGACGUUUAUCAGCAAUCAAACGAACGUUUCAUAGAAGAAGAACGACCUCGAGUUGUGCAAGCAGCUUCUUCAAGUCAUAAUAAUCCCAAUGUAGGUUUACCUUACCCUUAUGAUCCGGAUGAUAAUGAAAUUGAUAACAAGGAGACUUAUUAUACGAACAUAAAAGAGUUUU